GCAGGCGCAUUGAACAAAUUUAAGCUGUCAGUGGAAGAGCAACCGGAACCGAGCUUCAAGGAUUUUUAUCGUGCGAUUGUGAAGAGGGGCAGUGAGGCAACAUGUCCCGACAAACCAACAGAGGCACCGAGAGCAAAAAGAUGAACUCUGAGCUCUUCACUCUGACAUAUGGUGCACUCGUCACCCAGUUGUGUAAAGACUAUGAAAAUGAUGAAGAUGUCAACAAGCAGCUGGAAAAAAUGGGAUACAACAUAGGUGUGAGACUCAUAGAAGAUUUUUUGGCACGGUCAAGUAUUGGGAGGUGUCAUGAUUUUCGGGAAACGGCUGAUGUUAUAGCAAAGGUGGCCUUUAAAAUGUACCUGGGGGUCACACCUACUAUCACAAAUUGGAGUCCAGCAGGAGAUGAAUUCUCCCUCAUCCUGGAGAACAACCCUCUUGUAGACUUUGUUGAGUUGCCAGACAACCAUUCCACUCUGGUCUAUUCCAACCUGCUAUGUGGAGUAAUGAGGGGAGCCCUGGAAAUGGUUCAAAUGGCAGUCGAUGUGAAGUUUGUGCAGGAUACACUGAAAGGUGAUAGCGUGACAGAAAUCAGAAUGAAGUUCAUCAAAAGGAUUGAGGAUAACCUCCCAGCUGGGGAAGAGUAAUUGGAAAAGUAACUGUUACCAUCACAAAAGUCACAUUUCCUGAUUUAGUUGUUUUUUUUGCCCUUGAAUAUAGGGCAUUUGGGUGAAAAAUAUGGAUUCUGCAAAACUUCUUAACGUUUUUGUUUUAUUAUUUUUUUUACAGACUUCAUUGUAAAUUCUCUUGCACUGGAAUUGUGGUGCACGUGUACAUUUUUAGGACUGACUGAAAUGGGAUUUUCACUGCAAAUUAUUGCAACCCUGUCUGAACUAUUUCUAUCUGUUUUUCAAGAAAAAUCUUAAUUUCUCAGAAGUACUAGUUUUGUUUACUUAGAUUUAUGAUUUACCAUCCUCCACUCAAGCUUCUUAUUAUUACAGCGUCAUCAAGCCCAAGCUACUUAUUUAGUAAUAAAAUCAUAUUGUCAUCUCAUGGUUUAUCGUCCCAUGGUGCGUAAACUCCAUUCUUGGUCUAUCAGCCAGUGAGAAGUAUAGUCACAUGAAAUCAAUUUUAUAUUUUCAGUUGAAUUAAAAGAAAAUAACACAGGGCCACUGAAAAGGGGUGUCACCUUCAGUUCAGUAAUUAAGGACUUUUACCAUGUUUAUUCGUUUAAAAAAUCUGCUUUUACUUAUUUUUGUAAAUCUGCAUCAGGGUUGUUUCCCAGUCAUGAUGUGAUUAACCAAAUCACCUAAGGAUUUAUUAGGGAUUUUUCUAAAAUCAAUCACAUAAG